UCUAUGCUGUACACGUCCUUUAUUAAGACUAUAUCAUUUUGAUCAUGUGCAUUGUGGGCAAUGCAGCCUUUCAAGAAGCAAUGGGAGAAGGAAUUCUAACAGAUCAACUCAUAGAUUUCAUGGCUGAAAUCUGAAACCCUAUGACUUUCAAGAGUGGGCUGAAUUUAUUCACAGCAUUUUUCAACAGAUUAGUUGGUAGAUUUCCCCUCUGUAAUCCAUAGAGGAUAGACCUUGGAAAGCUGGGGUGGCAUUCCCUUUGUAAGCUUUUGCUAAUGACGAUGUCCUCAUUAUUGAACGUACCAGAAGCCGAAGGAGUGAUGGUUGCUGCUUCCUGCAAAUUGUUAUACCAACGUAGAGGGAGUCAUGAAAUGCCUUUGAUGUCUGCUGUCAAGUAAAGAUGCUUCCAGGCUUACCACUGGCAAUGCCAUUGUGGUAGGCAUAGACUGAAUAACACUCCACAUUUUCCACAACCAUAUAAUGCCAUUGCCAUCUUCUACUCGUCUCAAUCUCACAGCAUCAUGUAGACAGGGCCAGAAGGAGGCGCUGCACAUUCUGCUCACUACACACAAAUCCCCUGAAAACUGCUCUACUCAUCUUCAAUUAUUGAAUACCUGCGUUUUCAAGAACGCGCUUUCACAAGGGAAAAGUGUCCACACUUUCAUCGCUCAUAGGCCAUUGGCAUUUGGUACUCGCACAGUUUUUCACAAUAAGCUCAUUGACAUGUAUGUCAAGUGCGGAAGUUUAGUUGAGGGUUGUAGAAUGUUUGACCGCAUGAAAGAACGAGACAACGUCUCAUGGAAUACGAUUAUUGCAGCAUACAGAAGACAUGGGUAUCCUCAGGAGGCAGUCACACUGUUUCACCAAAUGCAACGAACAGGUUUCCAACCCGAUCAGUUUACAUUUGCCAGCGUACUACCAGCCUGUGCCAAAAUGGGAGAUUUAGAACAGGGUAUGAACAUCCAUCAAAGCAUAAUGGAAGGGGAAUUCUUGUCAGAUAUUAUGGUUGGAAAUGCUCUGGUAGACAUGUAUGCAAAAUGUGGAAGCAUAGACAAGGCACGUGACGUGUUUGACGGAAUGCCUCAAAGAGAUGUUGUCUCAUGGAAUGCAAUAGUUGCAGGAUACACACAGAAUGGUGUUCUUGACGAGGCUUUAAGGCUUUUCAAAGCAAUGCCUCAAAGAGAUGUGUUAUCAUGGAAUGUGAUGAUUGCAGGAUAUGCACACAAUGGAUUUGUUGAAAAGGCCUUAGAAACUUUACAGCAAAUGGAAUUGGCAGGUAUAAAGCCGGACUCCAUAACCUUUGCCAGCAUCUUUCAAGCCUGUGCCAAAAUGAGAGCUUUGGAGCAGGGUAUAGACAUCCAUCAAAGCAUAAAAGAUAGAGAAAUUUUGUCAAAUGUUGUAGUUGGAACUGCUCUAGUAGACAUGUAUUCAAAAUGUGGAAGCAUCGACAAGGCAUGUGAAUUGUUUGGCAAAAUGCCUCAAAGAAAUGUGGUCUCAUGGACUGCAAUGAUUGUGGGAUAUUCACAAAAUGGAUUUGUUGAAAAGGCUUUAAAAACUUUCAAGCAAAUGCAAUUGGCAGAUGUAAAACCUAAUUCCACAACCUUUGCCAGCAUCCUCCCUGUCUGUGCCAAAAUAGGAGACUUGGAACAGGGUACAGGCAUCCAUCAAAGGAUAAUAGAAGCGGGAUUUUUCUCAGUUAGUUUAGUUGGAAACGCUCUCAUAGAUAUGUAUGCGAAAUGUGGAAGCAUAGACAAGGCACGUCAACUAUUUGACAGAAUGCCUCAUAAAGAUGUCAUCUCAUGGAAUACAAUGAUUGCAGGAUAUACACAAAAUGGGUUUGUUGAAAAGGCGUUGGAAGUUUUCAAGCAAAUGCAAUUGGCAGGCGUAAAGCCAAAUUCAACAACCUUUGCUAGCAUCCUCCCUGUCUGUGCCAAAAUAGGAGCUUUGGAACAGGGUAUAGGUAUCCAUCAAAGCAUAAUGGAAAGGGGAUUUUUGUCAGAUAUUGUAGUUGGAAAUGCUCUGGUAGACAUGUAUGCAAAAUGUGGAAGCAUAGUUAAGGCACAUGAACUGUUUGACAGAAUGCCUCAAAGAGAUGUAAUCUCAUGGAAUACAAUGAUCGGAGGAUAUGCACAAAAUGGAUUUGUUGAGAAGGCUUUGGAAACCUUCAAGCAAAUGAGAUUGGCAGGUGUAAAACCAGAUUCCACAACCUUUGCCUGCGUCCUUCCCACCUGUGCAAAAAUGGGAGCUUUGGAACAGGGUAUGGAUAUCCAUCAAAUCAUAAUGGAAGGUGGAUUUUUUUCAGAUAUUAUAGUUAGAAAUGCUUUGGUAGACAUGUAUACAAAAUGUGGAAGGAUUGACAAGGGACGUAAAUUGUUUGACAAAAUGCCUCAAAGAAAUGUGGUCACAUGGAAUGCAAUGAUUGCAGGGUAUGCACAAAAUGGAUUGGUUGAAAAGGCUUUAGAAACUUUAAAGCAAAUGCGAUUGGGAGGUGUAAAACCUAAUUCAACAACCUUUACCAGCAUCCUUGCCGCCUGUGCCAAAAUAGGAGCUUUGGAACAUGGUAUGGACAUCCAUCAAAUAAUAGAGGAGAGAGAAAUUUCGCUAGAUGUUGUUGUUGCAACUGCCUUGGUAGACAUGUAUGCGAAAUGUGGAAGCAUAGAUAAAGCACAUGAACUGUUUGACAAAUUGCCUCAAAGAGAUGUCGUCUCAUGGACUGCAAUGAUUGUAGGAUAUGCACAAAAUGGAUUUGUUGACAAGGCUUUAGAAACUUUCAAGCAAAUGCAGUUGGCAGGUGUAAAGCCAGAUUCCACAACCUUUGCUAGCAUCCUUCCAGCCUGUGCCAAAAUGGGAGCUCUAGAACAGGGUGUAGACAUCCAUCAAAGUAUAAAGGAUAGAGAAGUUUUGUCAAAUGUGGUAGUUGCAACUGCCCUGGUGGAUAUGUAUGCAAAAUGUGGAAGCAUGGAUAAGGCAUGUGAAUUGUUUGACAAAAUGCCUCAAAGAAAUGCAGUCUCCUGGACUUCAAUGAUUGUAGGAUAUGCACAAAAUGGAUUUAUUGAAAAGGCUUUAGAAACUUUCAAGCAAAUGCAAUUGGCAGGUGUAAAGCCAGACUCCACAACCUUUGCCAGCAUCCUCCCUGCUUGUGCCAAAGUAGGAGCUUUGGAACAGGGUAUGGACAUCCAUAAAAGUAUUAUGGAAGGGGGAUAUUUGUCAGAUAGUAUAGUUGGAAAUGCUCUAGUAGACAUGUAUGCAAAAUGUGGAAGUGUAGACAAGGGACGUGAACUGUUCGACAAAAUGCCUCAAAGAGAUGUCAUCUCAUGGAAUGCAAUGAUUGUGGGAUAUGCACAAAAUGGAAUUGUUGAAAAGGCUUUAGAAAGUUUCAAGCAAAUGCAAUGGGCAGGUGUAAAGCCAAAUUCCACAACUUUUGCCAGCAUCCUCCCUGCCUGUGCCAAAAUGGGAGCUUUAGAACAGGGUAUGGACAUUCAUCAAAGCAUAAUGGAAGAGGGAUUUUUGUCAGAUAUUAUAGUUGGAAAUGCUCUGGUAGACAUGUAUGCAAAAUGUGGAAGUAUUGUCAAGGCACGUGAAAUGUUUGACAGAAUGCCUGAAAGAAAUGUCAUCUCAUGGAAUGCAAUGAUUGCAGGAUAUGCACAAAAUGGAUUUUGCAAAGAUGCUCUCAAAAUUUUUGAAUUAAUGAUGCAAUCUGGAAUAUAUCCUGACAUUGUAAGCUUUGCUUGUGUUCUAUGUGCAUGCAGCCAUGCAGGUUUUGUGAAUGAGGGUUGUCAAUACUUCAAUCAUAUGAGUAAUGCUUAUUGCAUUACACCUACAGUCAAUCAUUAUGUGUGCAUGGUUGACCUUAUUGCCCGUGCUGGCUAUCUUGAGGAGACCCUAAACUUUAUCAUUAAGAUGCCAGUUAAACCCGUUGUGGUUGUGUGGAUGUCUUUUCUUGGCGCCUGUAGAUCACAUAUAAAUAUAGGCUUAGGAGUAUUUACAGCAACACUGCUUUUAUAUUUGGAUCCUAGAAAUGCUGCAACUUAUGUUCUUCUCUCUAACAUCUAUGCAAAAGUGGGCAGGUGGGGUGAGGUUCAAAUGGUAAGGAGACUGAUGAAAGAUAGAGGAAUUACAAAGAUCCCUGGAUGUAGUUGGGUUGAAGACCGUAAAAUGGUACAUGCUUUCUGUGUAGGAGACAGAUCACAUCCACAGACACAGGAGAUCUAUGCAAAGUUGGAGAAAUUGGCUUGGGAGAUGAAGGCAGCAGGGUAUUUUCCAGAUUUAAGACAGUUAGUUAAUGAUGUGGAAGAGGAGGAAAAAGAAUUAUUUCUCUGCCAUCAUAGUGAAAAGUUAGCAAUUGCAUUUGGUUUGCUAAACUCACCCCAUGGGGCAAGUAUUAGAAUUGUCAAGAACCUUCGAGUGUGUUCUGACUGCCACACUGCAACAAAAUUUAUCAGCAAGAUUGUUGCAAGAGAAAUUGUUGUGAGAGAUAUGAACCGUUUCCAUCAUUUUAAACAGGGACAAUGUUCUUGUGGAGAUUAUUGGUGAUGCUAAAUGAAGCAAUCUGAAAAGGAGGCUUGCACAUAAUGUGCACUGUGUCAGACCUGGAGUAAUAAUGAGGGUGAAGGUUUUAUUUUCAGUUUCUAGAAAGUUUCUUUUUAUUUUGUUUAAAGUAUUUGGCAAUCUAAACCAUGCUAUUAGCUUCAUAAAAAUUAGAUGUAUAGAGUGCAAUAGACCACUGCUUAUAUACACUGUUGGGAUAUUUGGCAAAGACUUGUUUUAAGAUAAUGUGGAUGCUUCAUUGGAUUGUUCUCAGAAAACCUGCAUACGUAUGAGAUGAAAAGUUGGAGUAGAAGCUCGAGAAUGGGAAGAAACAGGUGAGGAACACUUGGAAAGAUGCUUGACCACCAGGAUUUGUGGGGAGGGCUCAUAGUUAAACCCUUGCCAUUUUGCGGAGUUCUUUUGUUUUGAUUGCCUGUAUUAUCUUUUACCUAUGUCAGGUCAAUUAUUUGAGAUUAAAUUAAACUUUCCAGAUUAGGUAUGCAAUUUUACAUAAGGGCAUGUGGAUUGAUUUUGUCUAAUUUAUGGUUUAGAUAUUUCUAAUGUUAUUUCA